CCUCCUCCUCCCGGCCCCCAUCCCAAUUUCUGCUGGGAAUUCGGAGCCUACCCUCUCCGGAGCUCGGAGGCGGCGGGACCGGUCGGCACCUCAGAGGGGACGAGUCAGCAGGUUUUAAGAUGCUGCGAGUACAAAGGACCACACUGGGCAGGCUGGGGCUCAGCUUCUCCAAAGGGCUUCACCACAAAGCGGUGAUGGCCCUGAGGAGGGAGGAUGUGAAUGCCUGGGAGAGGAGGGCGCCUCUGGCUCCCCGGCACAUCAAAGGGAUCACCAACCUGGGAUACAAAGUCCUAAUACAGCCUUCUAAUAGGCGAGCCAUUCAUGACAAGGAAUAUGUCAAAGCUGGUGGCAUUCUUCAGGAGGAUAUUUCUGAAGCUUGUCUAAUUUUGGGAGUUAAAAGACCCCCAGAGGAAAAAUUAAUGUCUAAGAAGACUUAUGCAUUCUUCUCCCACACAAUAAAGGCUCAGGAGGCCAAUAUGGGCUUGCUGGAUGAGAUUCUGAGACAGGAAAUCCGACUUAUUGAUUACGAGAAAAUGGUGGAUCAUAGAGGAACACGGGUAGUGGCAUUUGGACAGUGGGCAGGUGUGGCAGGGAUGAUCAACAUUUUACAUGGAAUGGGGCUAAGGCUUCUCGCUUUGGGACAUCACACACCUUUUAUGCACAUUGGCAUGGCCCAUAACUACAGGAACAGCAGCCAGGCCGUGCAAGCUGUCCGCGAUGCUGGCUAUGAAAUAUCUCUGGGUUUGAUGCCAAAGUCGAUAGGGCCUUUAACAUUUGUGUUCACAGGGACUGGUAAUGUAUCUAAGGGAGCCCAGGAAAUCUUCAAUGAGUUGCCUUGUGAAUAUGUGGAACCACAUGAAUUAAAAGAAGUUUCCCAAAAUGGAGACCUGAGAAAAGUGUAUGGGACGGUGUUAAGUCGCCAUCAUCAUCUUGUCAGGAAAACAGAUGGUGUGUAUGAUCCUGUAGAGUAUGACAAAUACCCUGAACACUACAUAAGUCGUUUUAAUACUGACAUUGCACCCUAUACAACUUGUUUAAUUAACGGAAUCUACUGGGAGCAAAACACCCCUCGUCUGCUAACUCGCCAAGAUGUCCAGACUCUCUUGGUUCCAGGCAAGUCCUCUGUUGCUGGUGUGGAAGGCUGCCCUGCAUUACCACACAAACUUGUGGCGAUAUGUGACAUUUCAGCUGACACAGGAGGAUCUAUAGAGUUUAUGACUGAAUGUACGACAAUAGAACAUCCCUUUUGUAUGUAUGAUGCAGACCAGCAUAUUAUUCAUGACAGUGUUGAAGGUUCUGGGAUUCUGAUGUGUUCCAUUGACAAUUUGCCAGCACAGCUUCCGAUUGAAGCUACAGAAUACUUUGGAGACAUGCUUUACCCUUACGUUGAAGAAAUGAUAUUAUCAGAUGCAACACAGCCUCUUGAAAGUCAGAAUUUUUCUCCUGUGGUACGAGACGCAGUGAUUACAUCCAAUGGUGUAUUGACUGAUAAGUAUAAAUAUAUCCAGAAACUCCGAGAGAGCAGGGAACUUGCUCAGUCACUUUCAAUGGGCACCAAGAAAAAGGUCUUGGUUCUUGGAUCUGGUUAUGUAUCUGAACCUGUGUUGGAAUAUCUGUCAAGAGAUAACAAGAUAGAAAUCACAGUAGGCUCUGACAUGAAGAACCAAAUCGAACAGUUAGGCAAGAAAUAUAAUAUUAAUCCUAUUAGCGUGGACAUUAGUAAACAAGAAGAGAAGUUGAGCUCCUUGGUGGCAAAACAGGAUCUUGUCAUCAGCUUGUUGCCUUACGCAUUGCAUCCUCUUGUGGCGAAGGCAUGCAUCACAAGCAAAGUUAACAUGAUCACUGCAAGCUACAUCACACCAGCACUAAAAGAAUUAGAAAAGAGUGUGGAAGAUGCUGGCAUCACAGUCAUUGGUGAACUGGGAUUGGACCCUGGUCUUGAUCAUAUGCUGGCAAUGGAAACUAUAGAUAAGGCCAAGGAAGUGGGAGCCACGAUUGAAUCUUACAUUUCCUACUGUGGUGGGCUUCCAGCCCCUGAACAUUCAGACAAUCCUUUGAGAUACAAAUUUAGCUGGAGUCCAGUGGGAGUUCUGAUGAACAUAAUGCAGCCUGCCACCUACCUGCUCAAUGGAAAGGUUGUGAAUGUUGCAGGGGGCAUCUCCUUUCUUGAUGCGGUUACUCCCAUGGAUUAUUUCCCCGGGUUGAAUUUGGAAGGCUAUCCUAACAGAGACAGUACAAAAUACGCUGAGAUAUAUGGCAUUCCAUCAGCUCACACUUUGCUGCGGGGGACGCUGAGAUACAAGGGGUAUGCCAAAGCUUUGAAUGGAUUUGUAAAACUGGGUCUUAUAAAUAGAGAUGCAUUUCCUGCCCUUCGACCUGAGGCCAGCCCUCUCACUUGGAAAGAACUCCUUUGUGAUCUGGUUGGGAUUUCCCCCUCCUCCAAGCAUGAUGUGCUCAAGGAAGCUGUCUUUGAGAAACUAGGAAGAGACAACACCCAGCUGGAGGCUGCUGAAUGGUUGGGCUUACUUGGGGAUGAACAAGUCCCUCAAGCAGAGUCUGUGGUGGAUGCCCUCUCUAAACAUUUGGCCAGGAAACUCUCCUAUGGCCCUGGAGAGAAAGAUAUGAUUGUGAUGAGAGACAGUUUUGGAAUCAGACAUCCUUCUGGACAUUUGGAAAAUAAAACUAUCAAUCUUGUGGUUUAUGGGGACAUCAAUGGCUUUUCAGCCAUGGCUAAAACUGUGGGGUUACCCACUGCCAUGGCAGCCAAAAUGUUACUUGAUGGUGAAAUUAAAGCUAAAGGCCUGAUGGGGCCCUUUUCAAAGGACAUCUAUGGACCAAUAUUGGAGCGAAUUAAAGCAGAAGGCAUUAUAUAUACAACACAGAGCACAAUUAAACUGUAAUUAAGAAUUAUAUCUUAUUUUUAUCUUCCCAGGCAACACAGCUCUGAACAUUUGUGCAACAAACCUACUUGCUAAUGUGCUACUUUGAAAUACAAAGCUUGAUAUUUUUUGAGUCAGUCAAUACAAUGAUGUUUUUAAAAUAUAAGUCUCUAUUUUAAUAUGAAAACAUCUGGAACAGGAGAUGCCAGUAAUUACCAGAAAACUUUAAUAAUUCUACAUGUAUUUCUUCAUGUGUAUGCAAAAGUGAUGAUUGUACUGUAUGUUAAUUUAUUGUGCAACUUUUUUCUUACAAGAAUAUAUUUUCUUAUGAUCAGCAGAUAAACUUUUAUCUUUUUAGUAAGAAAAAUUUUUUCACAAAGUUAUAUUUUUGUAUUUUUCAAAUGGAUUCAGUUAGAUACUCUUAGAUUACCCAUCUAUAAGCCUUUGCAAUAAUUCUGUUCAAUGUUUUUUCAGUAAAAUUAUGAUUUAUCUAGUAAAUGACAUUUUUUUAUAGUUUUCUCUUGAGUGUUUGUAAAAGGAAAUAAGAUUAAUUCAGAGUCCACAUGAUCACCUCAUUAGGGGCAGAAAAAGCAUUUAACAAAAUUUAAUACCCUGUUGUAAUAAAAAAGACUCAACAAACUAGGAAUUGAAAGGAGCUUUUUCAACCUGAUGAAGAACAUCUAUGAAAAACUCAUAGUCAGCAUCACAACUUACUUAAAGACCGAAAGAUUUCCCCUUGAAAUCAGAAACAAGAAAAUGAGGCUGUUGGCACUUCUACUCAACUUGUACCAGAGGGUCUAGCCAGGGCAGUUAGGCAAGAAGAUGAAAUACAAUAUAUCCAGAUUUGGAGGGAAGAAAUAGAACUAUCUCUAUUUGCAGAUGGUAUUAUCCUAUACAGAGAAAAUCCAAAUGAAUACUUUAAGAAAACAUUAGAACUAAUACGUGAAUUCAGCAAAGUUGCAGAACACAAGAGUAAUGUACAAAAUUGAUGAUGUUUCUAUAUAAUAUCAGUAAACGAAACAAAAAUGAUACUGGGAAAACAAUUCAAUUUACCAUAGCAUGAAAAAAAAAA